GGUUCACCUGGGCCCCUGGGUCCACAGGGGCCCCAGGGGCCUCCAGGGCGACCAGGGGACCAAGGCAUCGAGGGCCACAAAGGACAGAAGGGGGACCGAGGACAAGGGGGGAUCAUGGGCCUUAAAGGCAGUGUGGGAAUGACUGGUGUCCCUGGUUUCUCUGGAAAUGAUGGAAUACCUGGCCACCCAGGACAAGCUGGACCCAGAGGAAAGCCUGGAGCAGACGGCUGUAAUGGGACUCAAGGAGACACAGGACGUUCAGGACAGCCCGGCUACAAUGGGGUCCCUGGUAUACCUGGGACUCCAGGAAGAAAGGGAGAGAAGGGAGACUCACUAGAGCUGAGUGUCUUCAUGGAACGCUUCAGGGGAGAUCCAGGCACCCCAGGACUCAAUGGGAUUUUUGGACCUGUUGGAAAUCCUGGUUGGCCUGGAAGCAAAGGUAUUCUUGGUCCAAAGGGCCCUCCAGGCCCUCCCGGGCCCCGCGGUCCAAAGGGCACAAUGACCAAAGUCUUCAAAGGAGUCAAAGGAGAGCCAGGGGAGACAGGGCCUCCUGGGUAUCCAGGAAACUCUACUCAUCAGCAAAAACAACCAGAGGAUGCCCCAUCUGGACCCCAAGGUGAAAAAGGCCUCAAAGGUGAAAGAGGAGAUCAGGCUGAUAACAGAGGAGAAACUGGUGUCAUGGGGUUCCCUGGCUCGCGGGGCCCUCCUGGUGUCAAUGGGCUUCCUGGACUAAGGGGGGAGCCAGGUGAUCCAGGUCAAAGUGGCAAAGUUGGUCCAAAGGGAGACAGAGGUGAAGCUGGAGAGCUCAUCUCAUCUGGAUCUGUGUGGCCCUGGGGGCAAUCAGCUGGUCCACCUGGCCCUGCCGGUGAACAGGGACCACAAGGAGAGAGGGGCCUGACUGGUGACCCUGGUAUUCCUGGACCCCCAGGACUUCCUGCUUUUGAUACACAACAACAUGUGUUUGAUUUUAGUGGUCCAUUUGGUGAGAGGGGGGACCCUGGAGACAGAGGUCAGAUAGGAGAAGAAGGUGUCCACGCAAAAGAACCAGGACCCAAAGGCAAACCAGGUCGACCAGGAGAAAAGGGCGAGCCUGGACCCCUGGGAUCAUUGAGCGACUACUUUAAAGGAUCUCCUGGAGGAAGAGGACGGCCAGGAAACGCAGGACUGAAGGGACUCAAAGGUGACCAUGGAGAAUGUCAGUGCAGCUCUGAUAACUCACCUCCUGGACCCCAGGGGCCAGCUGGAGAGCAGGGAGACCCUGGCAUGACAGGAGAGUUUGGCCGAGAGGGGGACAUUGGAGACCCAGGUCUCAGGGGGGAUGAUGGAUUACCUGGAUUUCCUGGUGUCAAUGGUGAGCCAGGGCCUCAAGGCAGAAAAGGUGAUCCGUUUGUGGCCACAGUGAAAGGACAGAGUGGUGAUCCAGGUGACACAGGUAUCAACGGUGAGUCUGGCGCAAUAGGGGCUCCAGGUCCAAAUGGACUCCCUGGUUUUCCUGGGAGUCGUGGUUUUCCUGGAGAGGGUCCUAGAGGAGAAUAUGGAGAAAAGGGAUUUCCUGGUCGGAGGGGACAACCUGGUACUCCAGGGCUGAGAGGAGAACCAGGGCAAGUCCUCGGUGGGGUCAAAGGUCAGCGGGGCUUACCUGGAGAUGACGGCAUCCCAGGGUAUUCUGGAGUUGCAGGAACACCUGGUACACCAGGCGGCUGUAGUCCCACAGCAGACGGAGAACAGUUGGAUGUAACAGGUCUCUGUGAAACCAUCCCUGGACCCCCUGGGUUACCUGGACCCCCUGGAGGUCACGGACUUCCUGGUUUACAUGGACCUCAAGGCCAAAAAGGACCCUCUGGAUUAUUUGGACCACUAGGAGUAAAAGGAGAGCAGGGUGAUCAAGGCAGAGGAGGCAGCCCCGGACCUCCAGGUUUUCCAGGCCCACGGGGCGAGCAUGGGCAUUCUGGAAUGAAAGGCACUGUGGGGAACCCAGGGAUGUCAGGUAAACCUGGACGGUAUGGGACCCAGGGAGAAAAGGGUGCUCAUGGAGACAUCCUCGGAGCAAUGCCUGGUUCCCCAGGUGAGCAGGGACCCCCUGGCCCACUGGGAGAAAAAGGCCAAACUGGAGAGGAAGGGGGGCCGGGAUACACAGGGAUGAUUGGGAUGCCCGGGAUGAUUGGCUUCAAGGGAGAGACAGGUCCUUCUGGCCUGCAGGGUGAGGAGGGCAGACCUGGACCAGCGGGGAAGUAUGGCUAUCCUGGUGAUAAUGGGAGUGUAGGCCUGCCUGGUGCACGAGGGACCAUAGGACUGCCAGGCUUCACUGGGGAGAGGGGAACAGAGGGUGACCCUGGCCCCCCAGGGCCAGUGGGGCUGAAGGGUAUCCCAGGGGAGUUUGGUGAAGUGGGCUUCACUGGACAUGAUGGUCUGCAAGGAGAUCCAGGAUCUCAUGGUUCACAUGGUCAGCCAGGUCUUCCAGGAAUUAAAGGUUACAAGGGUUCUCCAGGGAUGGCAGGAUUUGAAGGUCGCAGGGGUAAUGCUGGUGAAAAGGGUCUCCUUGGGGUCAAAGGAGAUAUUGGGGUGUCGGGUGAAAGUGGUCCUAAAGGACUUGCAGGCUUCAAAGGAGAGAAAGGGGCUCGAGGUCUUGACGGCCCACCUGGAAAGAAGCCUCAGAUCCCCCAAAUUAUAAUUGUUACUAUGAAAGGCCUCAAAGGAGACCGUGGAAAUUUUGGAAAUUAUGGUUUUACUGGGCAAAGAGGUUCAAAAGGAUUUCCAGGCGUCCCGGGAAUGGAGGGACAUCCCGGUUUACCCGGAGACCCCAGCCACGAAAAAGGACACCAAGGAAACCCAGGUGCUCAGGGACUUCCGGGAAUAAAAGGAAUGCCAGGUGUCCCCGGAAAUAGAGGAAUUCCUGGGUUUGAAGGAAUGCCUGGUGAUAAGGGCAUUAAAGGAACUACAGGAGCCUAUGGUGCAACGGGAGACAAAGGAAUCAAAGGAAUUAAAGGACUCGCUGGAGCUCGUAUAGAUCUGCCAGGAUCUCCAGGACUCAGAGGAGAAUUUGGUUUGCCCGGAGAGCCAGGUGAAAAGGGGUUGACUGGAAACCCAGGAAUCAGGGGCACCCCUGGAUUUGAUGGUAUUGACGGAAGACAUGGGUUUAGAGGAGAUGGGGGAGACACUGGCCCCAACGAGGUAUAUUUUAGAAACAGAAAAAGAAAUAUUGUCAUGGUUUUGGAUGGACGUAUUUCAAACUCUUCAACUUCUUUAGGUUUAGACGGACAGAAGGGAACCCCUGGCAAACAAGGACUAAAAGGUUCACAGGGAUUACCAGGAAAAGAAGGUCUCCCUGGCUUUCCUGGUCACACAGGGAACAAAGGUUUUCCAGGCCUGAAGGGGCUUUAUGGAUUACAUGGACUGAAAGGACAAAAGGGUCUCCCCGGCACCCCAGGAUUUGAUAACUAUGGACCAGAUGGAGAAACAGGGCUGACAGGUCCAAAAGGAGAGAAUGGUGAACCCAACCAUGAGAGAGGUCUUCCAGGAAAAGAGGGUUUACAGGGCUCAAGAGGCCUUGUUGGUGACCCGGGCCAACCAGGACCACCAGGACCUAGGGGUCUGGGGGGACCAGACGGCACAGCUGAGAGAAAAGGUUCAUUUGGAGAUAUUGGCUCCAAGGGCCUUAGAGGAUAUGAAGGUUUCCCUGGUGUGAGAGGUCUCCCUGGUGCCAGUGCAGCCCCUGGAGAGAAAGGAGUGACCGGACCAAAUGGAUUUCCAGGAGUCCAAGGAUUUAAAGGAUUUAAGGGAGACCAAGGUUCACCGGGGUACAAAGGGCCCAAUGGUAUUUCAGGAAGAAAAGGAGUUAAAGGAGAUCAGGGCGUGAUGGGGAUUCCUGGUGUAAUGGGCCUAAAAGGUGAACGAGGACCAGCAGGGCCAAAAGGAAACACAGGAAUCCCAGGUCCUCCUGGACCUGAGGGUGAUCAAGGGCCUGCCCCGCUACCAGUCAAAGUUCCAGGUGAAAGAGGUCCUCCAGGGCCACCUGGCUUUCCGGGACCACAGGGAGUCAAAGGAGAUGCCGGUCAACAGGGUACCCCUGGAGAUGCAGGGUAUAUUGGUGCUGCUGGUGUAAAAGGGAUGCCUGGUAUUAGUGGCCGUCCUGGUACACCUGGUUUUCGUGGAGAGCUUGGUCCAGAAGGACACCCUGGUUUACAAGGAAUGGAAGGCUCCCGUGGCAGACCUGGCAUCUCGGGUUUACCUGGCAUGCCCGGCCGUAGUGUGAGUGUUGGCUACCUGCUGGUGAAACACAGUCAGACUGACCACACACCUAUGUGUCCUGUGGGGAUGACCAAGCUCUGGGAUGGAUACAGUCUUCUGUACUUUGAAGGCCAGGAAAAGGCUCACAACCAGGAUCUUGGUUUGGCUGGAUCUUGUCUACCAAAGUUCAGCACUAUGCCCUUCCUGUAUUGUAAUCCUGGAGAUUUAUGUUACUACGCCAGCAGAAAUGACAAGUCCUACUGGCUCUCGACAACUGCUCCUCUUCCCAUGAUGCCGGUGGAGGAGGAGGACAUCAGGCCUUACAUUAGCCGCUGUUCAGUCUGCGAGGCUCCCUCUGUGGCCAUAGCUGUCCACAGUCAGGACAUCACCAUCCCACAGUGUCCAGUUGGAUGGCGUAGUUUAUGGAUUGGAUACUCUUUUCUCAUGCACACCGCAGCUGGAAAUGAAGGUGGAGGGCAGUCGUUGUCAUCUCCUGGCUCCUGUCUGGAGGACUUCAGGACCACACCGUUCAUUGAGUGCAAUGGGGCCAAAGGCACAUGUCACUACUUUGCUAACAAGCACAGUUUUUGGCUAACAUCCAUAGACCAGUCCUUCCACAGUGAACCUUCAGCAGAGACACUAAAAGCUGGCCAGCUCCUGUCCCGCAUCAGCCGCUGCCAAGUCUGCAUGAAGAACUUGUAAAAAUGUCCCCCGAUCCACAGCAGAUGUUUCCAGGGAAAGGGGAUGGAUAUAGACAGCGUUCAAAGACUGUCCUCGGCCCUGAAGCCUUGAUGUAAAUACAUUAUUGUUUCUAAAAAGGUUUACUGCAUUAUGAAAAAACAUACGUGUUGAUUGGUGCUUUUUAACUUAUUACCUCCAAUAACAUUCAUUGACAUCAAUCUAUCAAUACAGCCAAACCAAAGAUGCCCACAUUAUGCUUAUAAUUAUAUUCUUCUUAAGGUAAGAUGUGA